UUACUACGGCGCUGUCCUCUUUCGCGCUGAAUGAGCGCGUGGAGGUCGCCUCAGUGUUGUCCGCCGCUCUUUGACGGAGGCGCAGUAUUCGGAGGUCAACCCACAAUUCCACUAGGGAGAGAGAACCAAAUUUUGACCCAGUGACAGUGAAGAAACAGCAAUAUAAUUCCAAGGCUCAACAAUGCUGAAUAUUGGCUUCUUGAAGUCUGUGCUGCCGGCCUCUGCCAGAGAGUUGAUCCGAAAUGGACUACUGAGGGGUUUGGCCACCUCCGGGAUGUCCCAAGGUUUCAAGCAAGCCAACAUUGUGAUAUUGGACAAGAAAUUUGCUGAUGACUUCGAGCAAUUUUGCGUGGCAAAUAGCGGACCACUACCAUUACUGUACAGGAGUAAACCUGGCGAGUGGAGUUCUCCACCACUCAGUACCAGUUCUGAUAUCAGAACUGAUUGCCCACGGUACAUCAAAUAUGAGAGAGGAAACAUCACAGGCAAUCUGAGCAGCCUUGUAGAAUACGCUGAGCAGUUAAAGGACAUGGUUACAUUUUACCUGGGAUGCAGCUUUUCCUUUGAGAACGCUCUCCUCGAGGCUGAUAUUCCAGUAAGAAACAUUGAACAAGGACGCAACAUCAGUGCUUUCAAGACAUCUAUUCCAUGUGUCAGUGUUGGUGGUUUCCAGUGUAACAUGGUGGUCACUAUGCGACCUAUCCCUGUGGACAAGCUCGAUGCAGUUGUGCAAGUAACUCAUCGCAUGAAGGAUGCCCAUGGUGCCCCUGUACACAUCGGCCAUCCAGGGUUAAUUGGAAUUGAAGACAUGCUGAACCCAGAUUUCGGAGAUGCAGUUGAAGCACAUCAUGGUGAUGUUCCAGUCUUCUGGCCUUGUGGAAUCACUGCAUCAGAAGCAAUUAGGAGCUGCAAUUCUGGUCUGGCUUUCACCCAUGCUCCUGGCUGCAUGUUCAUUACUGACCUGCAGAGUGAGCAGGAGGUGGCCAGAGACUUUGCUGCUGAUGCAGAAAUCCCACAUGUUUUUUGCAUUUCUCAGAAUCCAAUUCACUAUAGCGUUGCCUCGGUUGCCGCUGUAGAAAAAUUCGAAGCCCUGGAUAGUCUGAUUCAGCAAGAUCCAGGCAACCGAGGAAUCAAGCAUUUGUUAAUUGAAAAACAGCUGCUAAAAGCAUGUCUCUCUCUUUCAAAUGCAAAAUCUGUGCUCGUAACCACUGGAUUUCCAACCCACUUCAAUAACCAGCCUCCAGAAGAGACAGAUGGUCCUCCAGGAGCAAUUGCUAUAGCAGCCAUGUUGCAAGCCCAGAAGAAAAACGUUGUCAUAGUAACAGAUCAAAGAGCCUUAGAGAUGAACAAAAAGAUUAUUGAAGAAGCUGUUGAGCAAGGAAUGUUAAAAACCCCUGUCCCUAUUGUUAGCUUCCAGGAUAAUGGCAAGGAUUCAGCCCUCAUGUUCCUUUGUCAUGAUGGUAAUCCCCAGUUUCCAAGGUUUGAUCAUCUCAUAGCAAUAGAACGAGCUGGAAUGGCUGCAGAUGGCAAUUACUACAAUGCACGGAAAGUAAACAUUAAACACUUGGUGGAUCCCAUUGACAAGCUUUUCCUAAAAGCACAGGACAUCCCUGGAAUUUCCACAACAGGUAUUGGAGAUGGAGGGAAUGAACUGGGAAUGGGAAAGGUGAAAGAGGCCGUGAAAAAGUACAUAAACAAUGGGGAUCUCAUAGCUUGUGAUGUUGAAGCAGAUUUUACAGUUAUUGCAGGUGUAUCAAACUGGGGAGGUUAUGCUGUAGCCUGCGGUCUGUACAUUCUCAAUAGCUGCGCAAUCCACGAACGCUAUCUACGCAAAGCACUUGGGUUUCCUAUGACAUCUGAAAUGGUUGGCUACGCCUUGGCACUGCCUACAGUCCAGAAGGAAGAAAAGCUGUUGGAGUUGUUGGUGAAACAUGGAAUUCGAAGUGGAAAAACUGGGAAUCUGGGAAUGGAAGUGGAUGGCUUGCCCUUUCAUGAUACGCACUCCUCUAUGAUCAGACAGCUGCUGGAAAUCACACUGGGACAGGCCCAAUCAACCUAAUGCACAAAGAUAGGAAACUUGAAAAAGAAUUCAGUCAUUAACGCUCGCCUUUUAACUGAGGAAAUUCCAGUUAGGUUUGCAGUAAAUGAUGUAGUAAUAGUUUCAUGACAGGUAGGUAAUAAUGUAGUUAAAUUUUUGAUUACUUUCAUGGCUAUGUUAUAUUUCAAUUUCACUUCAAGAAUACACUAUUUUCCUUCCACAAAACAGAUUAUUCCAGAGAAUGUGUUAGUUGUUUCUAAUCUUAUUCUUCAGAUAAUUGUUCAUUUUCAUAUUAACUCUGAACACUGUAAAAUUUAAUGAAGAAGAAAGGCAAGGUUUAGUAAAUAUUUCUGCAAAUGUGUUGCUGGUCAAAGCACAGCAGGUUAGGCAGCAUCUCAGGAACAGAGAAUUCGACGUUUCGAGCAUGAGCCCUUCAUCAGGAAUAAGAGAGAGAGAGAG